AUGGAGCCGCGGUCCCCUAGGUGGAAAACGAGACGGUGGCUCUGGGAUUUCACCGCAACGGCCCUGGCGUUGGCGUUCCUCCUCCAAGCUAGGGAGGUCAGAGGAGCUGCUCCAGUUGAUGUACUAAAAGCAUUAGAUUUUCACAAUUCUCCAGAGGGAAUAUCAAAAACAACAGGAUUUUGCACAAACAGAAAGAAUUCUAAAGGUUCAGAUACUGCUUACAGAGUUUCAAAGCAAGCACAACUCAGUGCCCCAACAAAACAGUUAUUUCCAGGUGGAACUUUUCCAGAAGAUUUUUCAAUAUUAUUUACAGUAAAACCCAAAAAAGGAAUUCAGUCUUUCCUUUUAUCUAUAUAUAAUGAACAUGGUAUUCAGCAAGUUGGUGUUGAGGUUGGGAGAUCACCUGUUUUUCUGUUUGAAGAUCACACUGGAAAACCUGCCCCAGAAGACUAUCCCCUCUUCAGAACUGUUAACAUCGCUGAUGGGAAGUGGCAUCGGGUAGCAAUCAGCGUGGAGAAGAAAACUGUGACAAUGAUUGUUGACUGUAAGAAGAAAACCACAAAACCACUUGAUAGAAGUGAGAGAGCAAUUGUUGAUACCAAUGGAAUCACGGUUUUUGGAACAAGGAUUUUGGAUGAAGAAGUUUUUGAGGGGGACAUCCAGCAGUUUUUGAUCACAGGUGACCCCAAGGCAGCAUAUGACUACUGUGAGCAUUACAGUCUAGACUGCGACUCUUCAGCUCCCAAGGCUGCGCAGGCUCAGGAACCUCAGACAGAUGAGUAUGCUCCCGAGGAUUUAAUCGAAUAUGACUAUGAGUAUGGGGAAGCAGAGUAUAAAGAGGCUGAAAGUGUAACAGAGGGACCCCCUGUAACUGAGGAGACAGUAGCACAAUCGGAGGCAAAUAUUGUUGAUGAUUUUCAAGAAUACAACUAUGGAACAAUGGAAAGUUACCGGACAGAAGCUCCUAGACGUGUAUCUGGAUCAAAUGAGCCAAAUCCAGUUGAAGAAGUAUUUGCUGAAGAAUAUCUAACUGGAGAAGAUUAUGAUUCCCAGAGGAAACAUUCAGAGGAUAUGCUAUAUGAAAACAAAGAAAUAGACGGCAGGGACUCUGAUCUUCUGGUAGAUGGAGAUUUAGGCGAAUAUGAUUUUUAUGAAUAUAAAGAAUAUGAAGAUAAACCAACAAGCCCCCCUAAUGAAGAAUUUGGUCCAGGUGUACCAGCAGAAACUGAUAUUACAGAAACAAGCAUAAAUGGCCAUGGUGCAUAUGGAGAAAAAGGACAGAAAGGAGAGCCAGCAGUGGUUGAACCUGGUAUGCUUGUUGAAGGACCACCAGGGCCAGCAGGACCUGCAGGUCUCAUGGGUCCUCCAGGUCUGCAAGGCCCCUCGGGACCCCCUGGUGAUCCUGGCGACAGGGGCCCCCCAGGACGUCCUGGCUUACCAGGGGCUGAUGGCCUACCUGGUCCUCCUGGUACUAUGUUGAUGCUACCGUUUCGUUAUGGUGGUGAUGGUUCCAAAGGACCAACCAUCUCUGCUCAGGAAGCUCAGGCUCAGGCAAUUCUUCAGCAAGCUCGGGUAAGAAAGAAUAAAGAUGGGGGGCCUGGUUCAUCUGGGGCCAAAGGUGAGAGUGGUGAUCCAGGUCCACAGGGCCCUCGAGGUGUCCAGGGUCCUCCUGGUCCGACAGGAAAACCUGGAAAAAGGGGCCGUCCAGGUGCAGAUGGAGGAAGAGGAAUGCCAGGAGAACCUGGGGCAAAGGGAGAUCGAGGAUUUGAUGGACUUCCAGGUCUGCCAGGUGACAAAGGUCACAGGGGUGAACGAGGUCCCCAAGGUCCUCCAGGUCCUCCUGGUGAUGAUGGAAUGAGGGGAGAAGAUGGAGAAAUAGGACCAAGGGGUCUUCCAGGUGAAGCUGGUCCACGAGGUUUGCUGGGACCAAGGGGUACUCCAGGACCACCAGGGCAGCCUGGCAUGGCCGGUAUAGAUGGCCCCCCAGGACCAAAAGGGAACAUGGGUCCCCAAGGGGAGCCUGGACCUCCAGGUCAGCAAGGAAACCCAGGACCUCAAGGUCUUCCUGGUCCGCAAGGUCCCAUUGGUCCCCCUGGUGAAAAAGGACCACAAGGAAAACCAGGGCUUGGUGGGCUUCCUGGUGCCGAUGGGCCUCCUGGUCAUCCUGGAAAAGAAGGCCAGUCUGGAGAAAAGGGUGCUCUGGGUCCUCCUGGCCCACAGGGUCCUAUUGGCUACCCUGGCCCCCGGGGAGUAAAGGGAGCAGAUGGUGUCAGAGGUCUCAAGGGAUCUAAAGGUGAAAAGGGAGAAGUUGGUCAACUAGGCCCAAGAGGGGAAGAUGGUCCUGAAGGCCCCAAGGGCCGAGCAGGCCCAACUGGAGACCCUGGUCCUGCUGGUCAAGCAGGAGAAAAGGGGAAACUUGGAGUUCCAGGAUUACCAGGAUAUCCAGGAAGACAAGGUCCAAAGGGUCCUCAAGGACCUCAGGGUCCAGUUGGAUUCCCUGGACCAAAAGGCCCUCCUGGACCACCUGGGAAGGAUGGACUGCCGGGACACCCUGGGCAACGUGGGGAGACUGGAUUUCAAGGCAAAACUGGACCUCCUGGGCCAGGGGGAGUCGUUGGACCACAGGGACCGACUGGUGAGACUGGCCCAAUAGGUGAACGUGGGCAUCCGGGCCCUCCUGGUCCUCCUGGGGAACAAGGUCUUCCUGGUGCUGCAGGAAAAGAAGGUGCAAAGGGUGACCCAGGUCCUCAAGGUAUCUCAGGGAAGGAUGGACCAACAGGACUACGUGGUUUCCCAGGUGAAAGAGGUCUUCCUGGAACUCAGGGUGCGCCUGGACUAAAAGGAGGGGAAGGUCCCCAGGGCCCGCCAGGUCCAGUUGGCUCACCAGGAGAGCGUGGAUCAGCAGGGACAGCUGGCCCAAUUGGUUUGCCGGGACGCCCAGGACCCCAGGGUCCUCCUGGUCCAGCAGGAGAGAAAGGUGCCCCUGGAGAAAAAGGUCCCCAAGGCCCUGCAGGGAGAGAUGGAGUACAAGGUCCUGUGGGUCUCCCAGGGCCAGCUGGUCCUGCUGGCUCCCCUGGAGAAGACGGAGACAAGGGUGAAAUUGGUGAACCCGGACAAAAAGGCAGCAAGGGUGACAAAGGAGAAAAUGGUCCUCCCGGUCCCCCUGGUCUUCAAGGGCCAGUUGGUGCCCCUGGAAUUGCUGGAGGUGAUGGUGAACCAGGUCCUAGAGGACAGCAGGGGAUGUUUGGACAAAAAGGUGACGAGGGUGCCAGAGGUUUCCCUGGACCUCCUGGUCCCAUAGGUCUUCAGGGUCUGCCAGGCCCACCUGGUGAAAAAGGUGAAAAUGGGGAUGUUGGCCCCAUGGGUCCACCUGGUCCUCCAGGCCCAAGAGGCCCUCAAGGUCCCAAUGGAGCUGAUGGACCACAAGGACCCCCAGGAUCCAUUGGUUCAGUUGGUGGUGUUGGAGAAAAGGGUGAACCUGGAGAAGCAGGGAACCCAGGGCCUCCUGGGGAAGCAGGCCCGGGAGGUCCCAAAGGAGAAAGAGGAGAGAAAGGUGAAGCUGGUCCACCUGGAGCUGCUGGACCUCCUGGUGCUAAGGGACCAUCAGGUGACGAUGGCCCUAAGGGUAACCCGGGUCCUGUUGGUUUUCCUGGAGAUCCUGGUCCUCCUGGGGAACCUGGCCCCUCAGGUCAAGACGGUGUUGGUGGUGACAAGGGUGAAGAUGGAGAUCCUGGUCAACCAGGUCCUCCUGGUCCUUCUGGUGAGGCUGGUCCACCAGGUCCUCCUGGAAAAAGAGGUCCUCCUGGAGCUGCAGGUGCAGAGGGAAGACAAGGUGAAAAAGGUGCUAAGGGAGAAGCAGGUGCCGAAGGUCCUCCUGGAAAAACUGGCCCAGUUGGUCCACAGGGACCUGCCGGAAAGCCUGGUCCAGAAGGUCUUCGGGGUAUUCCUGGCCCUGUGGGAGAACAAGGUCUUCCCGGAGCUGCAGGCCAAGAUGGACCACCUGGUCCUAUGGGACCUCCUGGUUUACCAGGUCUCAAAGGUGACCCUGGCUCCAAGGGUGAAAAGGGACAUCCUGGUUUAAUUGGCCUGAUUGGUCCUCCAGGCGAACAAGGGGAAAAGGGGGACAGAGGACUCCCUGGAACUCAAGGGUCUCCAGGAGCAAAGGGGGAUGGGGGAAUUCCAGGUCCUGCUGGUCCCAUAGGUCCACCUGGUCCUCCAGGCUUACCAGGUCCUCAAGGCCCAAAGGGUAACAAAGGCUCUAAUGGACCUGCCGGCCAGAAAGGUGACAGUGGUCUUCCAGGGCCUCCUGGGCCUCCAGGUCCUCCUGGUGAAGUCAUUCAGCCUUUACCAAUCUUGUCACCCAAAAAAACAAGAAGGCAUACUGAAGGCAUGCAAGCAGAUGAUAAUAUUCUUGAUUACUGGGAUGGAAUGGAGGAAAUAUUUGGUUCCCUCAAUUCCCUGAAACAAGACAUCGAGCAUAUGAAGUUUCCAAUGGGUACUCAAACCAACCCAGCCCGAACUUGCAAAGACCUGCAACUCAGCCACCCUGACUUUCCGGAUGGUGAAUACUGGAUUGAUCCCAACCAAGGUUGUUCAGGAGAUUCCUUCAAAGUUUACUGUAAUUUCACAUCUGGUGGUGAGACUUGUAUUUAUCCAGAGAAAAAAUCUGAGGGAGUAAGAAUUUCAUCAUGGCCAAAGGAGAAACCAGGAAGUUGGUAUAGUGAAUUUAAGAGAGGAAAACUGCUUACGUAUUUAGACGUUGAAGGAAAUUCCAUUAAUAUGGUGCAAAUGACAUUCCUAAAACUUCUGACUGCCUCUGCUCGGCAGAAUUUCACCUACAAUUGUCAUCAGUCAGCAGCCUGGUAUGAUGUGUCAUCAGGAAGUUACGACAAAGCACUUCGGUUCUUGGGGUCAAAUGAUGAGGAGAUGUCCUAUGACAAUAACCCUUACAUCAAAGCGCUGUAUGAUGGCUGUGCGUCCAGAAAAGGCUAUGAAAAAACUGUGAUUGAAAUCAACACACCAAAAAUUGAUCAAGUACCUAUUGUUGAUGUCAUGAUCAAUGACUUUGGUGAUCAGAAUCAGAAGUUUGGAUUUGAAGUUGGUCCUGUUUGUUUUCUUGGCUAAGAUUAGGACAAAGAACAUAUGAAACCAACAGAAAAUAUACCUUGGUGCCACCAACCCAUUUUAUGCCACAUGCAAGUUUUGAAUAAGGAUGGUAUAGAAAACAACUUGCCGCAUAUAUAUGUACCAUUUAAGGAAGUACUGACGUCCUCGUGGGGGCAGAAUCACAUGGCAAAAGCACUGAAAAUUAUAAAAAUGUAAGAUAGUGUGGCUGAGAUGGAAACAGGGUUGCUUCUUGACUCCCAAUUCUCAUCUCUCCUUUUCCUAUUUGGAUUUCUUUGGUGCUGUAGAAAACAAAAAGAGAGAAAAAUAUAUAUUCGUAAAAAAUAUGGUGCUCAUUCCCAUCCAUCAAGGAUGUGCUAAAACAGUGUGUUCGAUAAAUUGUAAUUAUUUUGUGUACAG